AACGUAGAGACCGGCCCCUCUGUAUCCACUGUAUUUGAAAUUAUGGCUGAAUGGAACUAGAAAAGGGAAAAGAGAAACAUAUAUUGUAACAUUUACCACAAGUCCGACUGUCACAUCACUUCAUUAACACAGUGAAGUUACAUUCGAUACAUUGUCUUCGAAUAUGAGAAAAUGUAUGUCGUCCUUUGUCGAGCACCACAACAAUAGUGACACCAUGGAAGUUGAUGAGCUGUACUUUCCUGGCAGUCAGAACCAUGAAGAGUCCCAGUGUCCCCCUAUGGCCGUGGGAGACAUGGAGGCGGUGGAGGCUCUUAUGUUCAUGAACACCCACUGGAAAGCCAGGACGUCCAGGAGCUUCAAGCAUAGACAGUUCCGACCUCUGACCCCUUCCUCUGACUUCUCAGAGGAUGACUCUCGUCUCUCACUUGACCCGGCUGAGGUCCGUGAGUCUCUGUGUAUGACCCCGCCAUACAGCCCGCCAAACUUUGAGGCCAUUCACAGUCAUCCUGCUCCAGAGACAGUACAGACCUCCUGGUGCCAGAGCCAUAACCCACAGCCAGCACAGCAGGGCUUGACACAGCCACAGAUGGUCAGCCAGCCCCGAUCACAGGCCACCAGUGUGAUCCGUCACACUGCAGACGCACAGCACUGCAGCUGGAGCAUCUGUCCAGCCGCCCCCCUGGAGCACAGACUAACCCAACCCCUGCCUCCCCAGCCCCAGCCAAGCCCAGACAGCAUCAACAACCCCCUGGCAGAUAGGCUAUCUGGCAGGGACUCCAAAGGGAACAUGACACCCCUUGACUCCUCUGCUGAACCGGCUGCCAUCCAGGCUCCGGUUACUGUGACUCUGCCAGCCUCUGUUGGUAAAUUCCACCAACCUACAUCGGUGUCCCCUGUCAACUGUAGGGUUUCUCCUGUUCCGGUUUAUUGCCAGAUACUACCUGCUGUGCCAAUUGCAACGAACAGUCAUAUUUCAAUGGCUACCACCACCAUGGUGGCGGCAACCAGUCACCAACAACAGUCAGCAGCAGUUGGUCCUCCUUCAGUCUUCUUCAUGGGCGACCAGGUGACAAAGGGCCCUAUCAUCUUCUUGGUUCCCCGGCCAGUUGUCGGGAUCCAGCCGUCAGUGCUGACAUCUGGUGGCACCAAGCUGCCAGCCAUCGCCCCAGCGCCAGGCUUCACCUCAGUGGUCCAGCGGAGCAGCCUGCAGCCCGCUGAGGUGUCCAGAGUCCGCAGCCAUAUCUGCCCCCACGAGGACUGUGGCAAGACCUACUUUAAGAGCUCCCACCUCAAGGCUCACAUGAGGACUCACACAGGUGAGAAACCUUUCAAAUGCAGGUGGGAAGGCUGUGAGAGACGCUUCGCCCGAUCCGAUGAGCUAUCACGCCACCGUAGAACCCACACGGGAGAGAAGCGUUUCGCCUGCCCCAUGUGCCACAGCCGCUUCAUGCGUAGCGACCACCUGGCCAAGCACACCCGUCGACACCUGGCCACCAAGAAGGUGCCCUGUUGGCAGAUGGGAGUCUGUCACAGCGGUGAUGUUACACAUGCAGUGUUUUCGGCACCGUUCCUUCAUCCUCUACCCUGAAUAAACUCUUCAAAUCAAAUGUAUUUGUCACAUACACAUGGUUAGCAGAUGUUAAUGCAAGUGUAGAGAAAUGCUUGUGCUUCUAGUUCUGACCAUGCAGUAAUAGCUAACAAGUAAUAUAACCUAACAAUUCCACAACAACUACCUUGUACACACAAGUGUAAAGGAAUGAAUACGAAUAUGUACAUAAAAAUAUAUAA